AUGCCGCGGCUCACAAAAAAUUCUAAGGCCGUGGCUACUGAUGAAGAUUUGGAGGAAGGCGAUCAGCUAGUACAGGCUGAGAACUCUGCAGCAGGUCCUACUGAUGAGUUAGCCGUACUUCAGGCACAGGUUAGCUCCUUGGUAGAUGUAAUGGGAAGGAUGGGAGCACGCUACAACGACUUGCAUGAAAAUAUGUCCCAACUCUCAGCCUUUAUUUUGAACAAGCCGACUCAAGCUAGCAGCUCCAACAAUCAGGAAUCGGCUUCUCAGCCGAAUCUAUCACAAGCUGCUCGGCCAGAGAGGGCCAUUGAAACAUCACAGCCAUGGCCGCCAGUAGUGACACUCCAACCAGGUGCAACAUCAAGUCAGCCGGUUCAUACGCUACUCACCUGGGCAGAAAGCUAUCUUCAGCCUACGUUGGCAGGUUCUAAUCAGCCACCAGUAGUAGGUUCGCAGCCACAGGUACCACCAAUAUUAAAUCAGCCACCUCAAGUCAUGUUAGAUAGAAGACAAUUAGCUGAUUUACUCACAGAAGAAUAUGGCCUGGAACUUAGAGGUGCCGGCCGACCAAUUUAUAGAACUCCUUAUCUAGAAGUGGUAGACCAAGUUGAGUUCCCUAGAGGAUAUAAAGUUCCUGACUUUAUAACCUUUAGUGGAGAGGGGAAUCAAUCGACCGUGGAACACAUUGGCCGAUUCACGGUUCAAUGUGGAGAGGCCAGUGUUAGCCCGUGGUUGAAAUUGAGACUUUUUCCUAACUCUUUGACAGGGGCAGCUUUUUCAUGGUAUAUUCGUCUACCUCCUCACUCUGUUUUUAAUUGGCCACAGAUGGAGGAAUUAUUCCACAAUCAGUUCUACCGUACGGAGACAGAACCUACUCUGGCCGAUUUAUCCAGACUAAGUCAAUUGCCUAGUGAAUCGGUCGAGACAUUCAUUGCAAGAUUCAGGAGAGCAAGAUUAAGAUGUCGUGUACCUCUUCCAGAACAGGAGUACAUUCGUUUGGCUUUGAACGGCCUUGAUUUUGAACUUCGAAAGAGGUUUGAAUGA